AAAAGGGAAAAUCCCCAUCGUCCGCCAUUAACAAUCAACUACCCCUCUUCUGUCUCCUUCAAUCUUUCUACUUGCCGCCAUUUCUGAAAGUUUGACCUUUCAUACUUUGUUCAAAAUCUUCGUUGAAAUCGAUGCAGCUUAGUCUAGUUUUUUGUUGAAAAAAUCAAAAAGGUUUUUCUUCUUCUUGUAGAUUUUGAGAAAUUAAUGGCUGUUGCGAGACGUGUGGUUCAAUUAGGGGCUAAUUGUGGGAUUAGAUUGUCUAAAUCUCAAGGGAUUAACGCAUCUAAAGUUUCUGCUGCUUUGUUGAUUGAUAGAUCACAAAUCAACGCUGGUUCAGUUAAUUUUUACAGUUCUGAGCCCUAUAAAUCGUCUGCUGCUAACAAGUUUGAUUAUAGGCAAAUCUCACAGCUUGCUAAACCUAAUGGCAAGCGUGCGUUUCUCGUUGAUACAUUAGCUCUGGUUAGGAGAUUAGAAGCACGAGGUGUACCAUCAGAACAGGCAGAAGCAAUAACAUCUGCUAUCACUGAAGUUUUGAAUGACAGUUUGGAAAAUGUAGCUCAUUCUUUUGUUUCACGAGCUGAAAUGCAGAAAUCUGAGAUGAUUCAAGAAGCCAACCUCUCCAAGUUCAAGUCUGAAGUACAAAGUUCUCAGGAACAUCAUUUUUCUCUGCUGCAACGUGAACUUGAAAAGCUUCGGAAUGACAUUGAAAAAAUGCGCAGUGAACUAAGGUAUGAGGUUGACAAGCUUACUGCCGGUCAACGGUUGGAUUUAAAUCUUGAAAGAGGACGCAUCCGUGAUGAGCUUGCCAAUCAAAAUGCAGAAACUACAAAUCUUACAAAUAAGCUUGAUCGGGAAAUUCAUGCAUUGAGGGCGCAAAUUGAAGCUGCAAAGUACGAAGUGAUUAAAUACUGUAUAGGUACUCUUGUCUCUAUAUCGGCUGUUGGUCUUGCAGUGCUACGGUUAUAUACCUAGACAUUUCAGAUGACAUUUGUUGCUGAAUUUUUAAAUGAGCACGAGUGCCCAGAUGUUGACAGUAUUCUUUUAAGAAGCUUGAAUAGGAAUCAACCACAUUGUCAAACCGCUGUAAUAUUCACAACUUGGUAGAUAGGUUAACAAUUGUAUUCAUUUUAUUUCAAGCUUGUUCAUUUGUUCAGAUUUAUGUAGCUCACCACAUAUUCAAUGUUUGCUAUGACAAUAUUUCAAAAUUUGGGAUGUUGAUAUAAUCUUUCUGCUGCCUUAGUCAUUUUCAACAUGUUUUCCCCUCUGCAAUAA